CAGUCAGUCAACAGACUGUUAACUACAACAGGUAUGGCCAUGGACGUAGAGGGUAAGUCUUGUUCUUAAUACGUAAAUAAGAAAACGUAGGUUUGUAAGCCUCUCUUUAUCAGUAUCACCAAAGACAAUAGCAUUUUACAUUUCACCAGUACAAACAAUGGCAGACAUUAACCUCGUGGAAUAGUGGCCUUGCAAAUGUUGUUACAAUAUGUGCCACGGAACAGGGGUUUCAUAAACAUUAUUUAUUACGCUUGCAAACGUUUAAACACGAUGGUGCGAUUUCAUUUCAGCAUCUAUGAAAUUACGGGACCAAAGAAUGAAGACGGCAUAAUCUCAUACACAAUAAUGUAUUUGAUAUAUUUGGCGGCGAUGUAAAAACCUUUGCCAUGUCUAGGUUACUCCACUUUACUCCAUUGUUGGUUUUCACAGUGGCGUCAUCAAAUUGCAAAGUCAAAAUAGUGAGGUUUUACGGAUUCUUAUGUACACUAGGUUGACGAUAAAUAAAAAAUAAAUUUUUGUACAAGUUUCCAGCCCCGAAGCAUGGUUCAUUUUCGAAAAUACAGCAACUUGAACUUCCGAGUUUUCACGGUGCGUGACUCCGUGAGGGUCUUGACAAACUGGGAGCCAGCGAGCCAUGCGAGUCACGCGAGGCAUGGGUAAAAUAAAAAGGAAACACAAGUAAAAACUGCAAAUUUACAGAUGAGGAGUUGAGCACUCAUUAUACUGAUUAGGGUUAAGCUUUCAUUUUACGGAUUAGGGUUCAUAGGCACUCAUUUUAGGGCUGGGGUUAAGCGCUGUUUACGGUUAAACACUUAUUUACGACGGUUAGCGUUCAGUUAAUGUUUUUCGUAUUACUGUUUUCGAUUUUUAUGGUGUUUUUUUUCACUGAUUCUUCAAUGGAAUGCAUGGCUCGCAUGACUCGUUGGCUCGCAUUUUAUACUCCAGAGGUUUUUGUUGAUUUCCGGCGGCCAUAUUGGUGGACCAAAACUGUCCACCGAUAUGGCGCCUCCAUACGAAGCUCUGGCAAACGUGCGUGAAACGUUUCGGCAAAUAACUCAGAAACUGUGGGCCACAAAGACCUGAGACUUGGAAAAUUGUUAUAUAUUACUCUUUUACAACAUCUCAUUUUCUUGGCUUCUUCCACUGGACGGUUUCUAAUUUUUUUUGUGUGCCGUGUCUAUUGCGUAACAGUGAAAACGAAUAGACCUUGUCACGGUUUUCGACGCCAUCUUGACGAGAAGGCGAACGCGUGAGAAAUUACAGUGUUUGUAUGUCUAUUGUGUCAGUGAUACUUUUUUACGUCUUUUUUUCUUUUAAGUCGCAUGAGUAGUUCGCGUAACUCCAAACGAUCAACCGACCCUCGUUUUUCUAAAUCAACUAUCUAUUCUUUCACUUCUUGAUAACAAGUGACCUCAGGCUAGAGCGACCGGAGUGAAGAGAACGUGGCGUGGUUUAUCCGAUAUGGCUGCCCGCCUUAGAAGUUCAAACGUCGAAUUUCACAUGUGCCCAACUUAAUUCCUACUUUAGUCGACUAAAAUAGUUAAAUACGGCAUCUGAUUCAAACGUCGAAUUUAACUCUAUGAACUCCGUCAAAUCUAACUCUGUUCGCUGUCAAUAUUCCCCGUCUCUCUAUAUGAAUAGGGAGUUUUAGCAACGACGACGGCGACGGCAACGAGUGACGUCAAAAAAGCAAUAGGUUUAUUACGCAAGACAACAACUUUGCACGUGCAUCACGCUUUUUUGUACAUUUCUUUACCGUCCUUGCACGACUACGACGUGAAAAUGCCUAAUUGCAAGUUUUAUGGAGAACGUAAACAAGCGACGACUUAUCUGUUUUUUUCUCUCUAAACUUGAGUGUGGUCCUCAAGAAAUCAACUCCAGGGAAAUUCGCCUACACUUGCCAUUUUCAGCAAAUUGGAAUAAACGCGACAAAGAUUGAAAAAACGGGAAUUCAUUUUAAAACUGACGUGUUCGCUGCCGUUGCCGUCGUCGAUGCUAAAGCUCCCUAAUUAUAAUAAUUUACUAAAAUCCAUGCAUUAAGUUCGGCACAUGUGAAAUGCGACGUUUGAAUCAAAAGCUGAGUCGAACCAAAGUCGAAUCUUCGACUGUAUCAGUCGCAGAAACGGCGAAAGUCACCGGUGGAAUUUAAAUUGAUUCAAAUGUCGCAUUAAUACCAGUCGGGGUUUAUCAGGGUCAAAAUUCAGUUUUCCUGUUCUGUUGGCUGUUGUGCUAUUUUGUUGUUUUGUUAUGAUGUUUUCUCAUUCUGCUAUAACAUUCUAUCGUUCUGUUGUUCUGGCCUAAUGUGCAGUUAUCAGGUUAUGCGAUUCUGUUGUGCUAUUGUGCUAUUUUGUUGUUUUGUAAUGUUGUUUUGUCUAUCGUUCUGUUAUGAAUUAAAUUCCGUCGUUCUGUUAUUUUGGCUAUUCUCUCUCCUUCCUGCCUAAUGUUCAGUUAUGCGGUUCUGUUGUUCUGUUAGGCUAUUUUGUUUCGUUUUGUUGAAUUGUUAUGCUGUUUUGUCACUCUCUUUUACCAUAGUCUGUCGUUGUGUUUUGCUGUUUUACUAUUCUAUCUCUCACGACCCACCCUAAACGCUAGAACUACUUACCAGUCUAUGUUAACCGACUGAAUACGAGCUGAAAAAAUAAUGAAAGACUAAUUAGAUUCACGUUGCAAGAGUUUUCCUUUUCCUCGCCUUUUUCUUGGACUUUUUAAGAUGUUGCAUUUCACUGCCGUGUCGAUCUCGUCGACACGUUCUAUUUACACAAUUCAAAUAUAGAUCAAAAGGUCGGUCCCCCAUUUGUCUCAUCAGUACCUGUUCCUGCCCGGUUUAUUUUUUAAAACUUAUAAUAUACAUAUCUUAAGUCACAUCGAGAAUUGUAGUAAUCGAGAAUUUAUUUAAUGUAAUCGGUAGUAGUAGUACAUGAACUUAGAUAUUUUAUACACGAGGUCGAACGAGGUAGGCUAUAUAUUCUCUUAAGCUGAGAUGAUCAUCACGAGUCAAGUAUCGAAUUCAUUGAUUGACACGGUAUAUGACAGGUAGCUCUACUGCCUUACUUUUGACGUCGUUAAAACAUUUCAGGUGGGUAGAAAACGACCUAACCGACAACAAAGACAACCAUUGCAAUCUCAAUUCUUUCCUGCCAAUCGACAGCAAACUGCAAAGCAACCGGCACCAUUCGUUUCAGUAAAAAUUAUAACCAAGUUAAGUUUAUCACUUCACACUAGUGCGUGAAUUAGAAUUAUCACCAUCGCAGGUGCCGGAUUGGACAAAACGUACACAAUUAACUUUAGUACAAGAGUGUGACGGCAAAAAUACAGGUCUGUUUUUUCUAUGGUUGUGGAUCUUAUAAAUUUUGCCCUGGUACAAAUAUUGCAAGUCACUACCGAUAUAAGAGGGUGGCUUUCCUAUAGUAACAACAAAUUAUUCAUUGCUCUUGACUCGGCACAAAUGCAGUAAUGAAUUUGUAGCGGGAUAAGGCGUAGGAUUUUGGCCUAUUCUCGUGAGAACCUGGCGCACUAAAGUACACAGUAUAUAAGGUUGCAAAAGUGUCAGUAGAUAAAAAAGGAAAAGGAUAGAACAAUCGGCAAACAGGGUGAGAAAUUUCAUGCAGAAAGCAACUUUUACCAGGAUAAAUCAGGAAAUCCUGCAAUGCAUUGCUACACGAAAUUGGUUAUACGUUCCUUUCCUAGAUACGUAACAGUGUGCUGCUCAGCAACACCGUAACUGUAACGAGACAGACCUUCUUUUGGAAUGUGCAUCAGAUGUCUUACUAGUAGUUCAGUGCAGGGCAUUGAAAUAUGAAAAAAAAACGAGCCAGCUUUAAUAAGAAGGUGGUAUCUUUUAAGUAAUUUGAUGACAAAAUUUCUAUUAGAGAAUUAUAAAUUACACUACAUUUUUUUUUUCAGAGAACUCACUAUCAACAUCCAUGCUAUCAAAAAAUGAGAGAAAGUUUGAAGUCCUGGUGGCCACAGAUUCAGGGGGAUGGAACACAACUACAAAUAGAGUGCUGACAAGUCACUUGGUCAAGAAUAAGAAACUCCACGUCAGAGCAUUUAUCUCUAAAAACCACCCUAGA